AUGAUGUACGAUGCGCCACUGAGCAACACGCCCCUGCCGGGCAGCGUGGACCCGUCAGGUUCGGCAGCCAUUGCAUCGGAGAGUGCUCACACCAUCAAUCUUGAGAACGAGAGCGGUCUUGGGAAGUUGGGUACCACAACGACCCAAGAACCUAUCGCCGAACUUGAGAAAGAAUUAGAGCUCAGUGUCUUCUUGGACACCCUGGAAAUCGACAAGGGGGUCGCGCACCUGAAAAUUCAUCGCAAAAGUCCCAGCAGUUGCCCGGUUGAGCUCAGGUCGUACAUGUUCAUGAUACGUGCCACUACGUUCGUCUCGUCUUGUCAAGGCUUCACUUACCGGAACCGGUCGUUCUCAUCCGUCACCUCUUCCGUGAUGUUCGGGAAGGCACAUCAGCUUUCGACGUCGUUCGAGAGUGUCACGUUGAUCAAAUUCAAUUUCAUCUCGGAAUUGUUCCUGUGCCUUUUCCAGAUCCUGACUUUCUCUACCACCUACAACGCAAUGAAGGCCCUGGACAUGUCUCAAUAUCAGAACACAGUUGGAUUGGCAGCUUUCACUUUCAUCCUGUCGCUGAUUGUUGCAUUCAACAACCGUCCAGCUAAUAGAUACUUCUGGAGACAGCCCCAACACGGCCCCCAAACAAUGAGGUGGCAAAUCAUAUACUUCAGCUAUCACGUCUUGAUCGCCAUCCUUGUUAUGAUUGUGUUGAUCCUAGUGAACACAUGCACGAAGUGCAGUAUGGGUACGACAGGAGGAGGAAACAGCGGAACACAAACAUCACCCCCAGAGAUAGGAGCAUUCUGUCCAUCGUCGAGCUCAAGACUGCAUACACCAGACUUUCUUCGAGAGAGUCUGCGUAUCAAUGCUAUCCCCAGUACUUGUGGCGUCUGCGACUCAUCGAGGAAGAAUGCUUGCGAGAACGGAGUUGUGAUGAGUCUGGUCGUCCUGAUCAUGAUUCUGAUCCGUGCUCCGGUCUGGUUCGUGCUGACUGCUUAUGGCAUGACCCGGGAAGCGGUGAAGCCUGCAGUGCUAUUCCCGAGCAGAUAUGUCGUCUUUCAUGGUCCUCCCUUUCUCGGCUUUCCCUUCGGAGCCUGCAUGUCUCCUGCACAUGCUCGUGAAGUCUUUGAGAACUUCAAGCGGGCAGGAGUGGACGAGCAGUUAAGCUCGAAGCUGCAGUGCUCACUCCUUGGAACAUUGUGGAACUCAGUCGGACUGACGCUCUCGAGAUUCGUUCGACAUUAA